AUGCGCGUCAAGGAUUCACUUGUGGCCAGUCUUGGACUGGUGGGCUCGUCGAUGGGCUCGCUGCUUCCCAGCAGCCAGUACAUCUUCGCAAACCCCUCUCCGGAGGCAACCUCGGGCUUCCGCAUCCCUACCGUGCACGAGUCUGCUAUUCAAGCACGCCGUAUACUUCAUCUCGAAAACAUUGGCACAUUAUCGACUGUUUUUCCAUCUGAUUCUUCUACGAGUCAACAUGCACUUCAUCCUCUGGAGCAGCGACCCGUUGGUCUCGGGGGCGUUCCCAUAGGCUUGAUGGACUAUUAUGCCGACUGUGAGCCCGACAGUGGCAAUCCUACUAUUCUUGCUUUGGACAUUGCUACCUCUUUCAAGAACGUGGCAGCCGGCAGUAACAUCACUUUGAGUCUAAGAUGGCACCCCCAAGACGGUAAAUGGCACAGUGCUGCUAGCCUGCCUAGAUUUUCUCUGGUCGGGCACCUCGAGGAUAUUGAUGAUGCCGAUGCUUCAAAGGUUGGUCUUGCAACCUGUUUCGUCAAGAACCACCCAGAUGCCGGCGCGUGGCUGCCAGGCAACCGAAUCCAUACAAGUCGCUGGGUCAGACUUGUUGUCGAGGAUAUAUACUGGAUUGGCGGGUUUGGAGACCGUGCCUACAUUGGUUGGAUUCCUCUGGACGCAUAUCAUAAUGUCACGCAACAAGAAAUCGAUGGCUGCAAAUUGCCUGGCGAGAAGUCCACAUGGGGUUGGUCAGAAUGGCUCUAA